UAUACUUAUGCGUAAUUUGAUAGGAGUAAACCUUGUUUCUCUCACUCAUUUUACCCUGCAUUAAUUGUCUUCCGCAGAAUCAAAGAUGAAAAUUCUGAUUAUCGUGGUUUCAUUCCUUGGAUGCUUGAUUCCAACUUUGAAACAUGCAUCAGCAACGCGUUGUGAAGUCUCCCUUCCUCAGCAUGUCAACUCGGCCGCCUGUAUGUCACUGAGGAAAGCUGCUAUUGCCAAGAACCAGGAGAUCUACACAUACAAAUUUGAUCCAGCUGUUCAUGGGUUCGCCCUGUUGAAUAUGACGGCGCAGGAACUGGGAGCGGUUGCUCUGAAGGACCCUUUCAUGGCAUACUACACCACAGCAUAUGUGACAAUGACAAGAGCCAGUAACUCACUUCACCAAUUGUAUCAAAACUUGACAUCAGAACUAGGCGAAAUUAACCAAAUUUCGGAAUACCUAGCUCUAUCAGAGUUUUUCCAGACGGGCCUGGAACCAAUUGUUGGGGAGUAUGUGAGGCUUCCGUCCAGACACGAGGCUUUUAUCCGAGACAAAACUGAAUGGAUAAGCGACAAAUUUUUCACUCAGCAGCGUUUGGCCGGUGCUAACCCUAUGUCACUUAAAAAAGUCACCAUUCACGGUGAAGAAUCAGCAGUUGGACUGGAUUGGAAUGAAUUGAAAAAAACGCUGAACCCUGAGUUUGACUGGGAUGGUGCCGUCAAACAGGCUACGAAGUCGAAGUAUUCGUUGAAUAAAGCUAUCGCACUUGGUCGCAUCUUCGCUCUUCGUUACGAAUUGUGUGAUGACAUGCCUCGUUCACUGGAUCUCACAGACCGUAAUCCAGAAAGGAAGAUGUGGAACUUUCUCUCUCCUAUUGCCUUGUUCGUAUCGAGGAAGGUUGGUCGGAGAAAUCAACUCGUUCCUGUGGCCAUACAAAUGGACUAUACACCAGACUCAGCAGUUUACACUCCUAAGAGUGGGGACAACUGGAUGCUUGCAAAACUGAAUGUUCAAAUCACUGAUCUGGGAUAUUCACAAAUCGUCGAACACCUUGCUAAGGUUCAUUUUUUAAUAGAACCAUUCUGUAUCUCCUUAAAAAGGACCCUACCACCCGCUCAUCCGCUGAACCAAAUGCUUAAGUAUCACUGUCGAGAAGUAAUUGUCCCUAAUACGUUCGGAACCCCAGCGUUGGUUGACGAGUUUAGAUUCAUGGAUCUUCUCUUUGCUUUCGGAAAUGACGGAGCUAAUAGACUUCUCCGUGAUGCCCAUGAAUUUUCGACUUGGGAAGUCACAGACUUCAGAGGGAACAUUAAGAAACGAGGACUUGCAAACCGAAACCUUCUGCCUUACUUUCCUUAUCGUGAUGAUGGUAUGAGAAUCCUAACAGUCAUCGAACGGAUGGUGGAACGUUACGUAGACUUGUAUUACAAGGACGACGAAGACGUGGCCGGAGAUGAGGAACUUCAGGCUUACAUCAAUGAAGUAUCACUAGAUGGAACUGGACCCAAUGGAGGAAUUGGACGGAUUCAAGGUUUACCAUCUACUAUUGAAUCCAAACAAGCGCUCUGCGAGAUCGUGAGUCGCAUCAUCUCACACUUGACGAUUGCACACGCGGCUGUCAACUACCAGAUGUCAGACUACGCUUCGUUCGUUCCCAAUCUGCCAACAAAACUGUAUAACGAUAGCAGAGUCGCUGAUGGAGAAUUUUCUGUUUUCCGCUUGCCAAACAGGGCUACCUCGGCAAUCGAAGCCAGCUUUGUUAAUUCCCUGGCAACAUUCCGCUUCGAUUCCUUGUUUGACUACGGCAAUGAACUUGAGGACCCUAAGGCGGCCAAGCUCGUUAACUACUACUAUUGCUUUUUGAUGAGAGUUCUUCAACCGAAAAUGCAACUAAUCAAUCAGAGGCGAGAGAAAUAUGGCUACCUAACCUAUCCGUAUUUAAUUCCAAGGUGGAUGCCAAAUGGUAUUCAAACCUGAGACUCUUGUUAACUGUCAAUAUGAAUGCAUGUUUAGAAUCGAUCCACAUCGUAUUUUUGGGGUCCAUUCUUGUCUCCAAAGCCCACAUUCUUUUUUGCAAGCGCAUAGAUCAAUCUUUACAAGGGCCGCAUGUAAUGAAUUAUAUGCGAGUUCAAGUUAUAGAUGCAUUACAUGUACCCAAAUAUAACGCGCGGGUCGAUCAAUUUCCGGCGCUGGGGUUGAAGAUUGCGGGCUCUGAGGACAAGAAUGCGCAGAGUUGCAUUACUACCCUUUAAGUGUGCUAUGGUCAGUUGAGGAAAAUAAUAACAUAAAAAAUUGUGGUUGUUGUGUCGUGUUGAGCGUUAGUGGGGGCAGCUCAUCCACUCGGAUGGGAAUCUUGAAUGAUCGAUGUGGUCCUAUCUUUAAGUUUCAUGUAGAGCUUUCUCGUGUAACCUUUAGGAAAUAAAGAUCCUUUCUUGGGCAUCUCUUUUUUCAUUUUA